AUGAAGCGUGUGGAGAUGAAGGAUGAAGAGAUAAGAUCUGUUAGGGUGAUGAAGCUUCUGAAGCAACUGGAUGCCAUCUGCAGCGGGGGUUCGGAGCAGUCUUCGAUCUAUGAGACUUGGAACGUUGAGAACGGGGAGGCAGAAGUCUUGAGAGACCCCAAAAAAGUGCUCAAGACUGCCUUGUCUAGAAGCACCCAGGCAAGCAAGACGGUGGAUUUUGAGGAAAGGAUCAUGGCUGGGAGGUGGUACACUUCAUGCGUGGUGCAACACGAUGAGCAGCACCUCGAGCGAAUCUUGAAGUCUCUUCCUUCUCACGGCGUGCCUUCGCAAUGGAGGGAGGAUCAGGAGGAGCAAGGGGCUGGUAUCCGCCAUGGCCAGUGCGUGUGGGUCUUUCUUGGGCAGAACUUGCCCUCAGCAUCGGAGCAAGAAGGACAAGAGAGGAGGGGAGAGGUAGAGCCCAUGCGGGGAAGGCCGGAGCACACGGACAUGGUACGUCACUCGGGGACCUGGCACAUGCAGAUCUCGGGGACUAAGACCUGGAGGAUCCGCCCCGGGCAGGAGGGAUGGCCGCAGGGGUCUAGCAGAGAAGCUGCCGAAAAGCGGGUAGAGGAGGAAGGAGAAGGAGAGGAGGUGAGGAGGCUGAAGAUAGUCUGCAACGCCGGAGACCUGCUGGUUAUCAACACGAAAGCAUGGUUUCAUCAGACAGAAAUCCCCUCGUCGUCAUCAGCUGCUGGAAACUUGUCGGUCAGUGCGGCACGAGACUUUUGUUUCGUCACCUCUGGGACCGAGGAGAGCAUGGAAGUUGUCGAUAUGACAAACGUCGAGAGCUCGUGGGCUGCAGGGGACGCAGAGGAGGGAGAGCUGGUGCUCAAGGAGGCUCCUAUGGUAGCAGUUCAAGAUCCUUCCAGCAGAGCAGAGUAUCUGUGCUGCACUUUCUGCGCCUAUCCCCUGCUCGAUCACGAACAAGAGUACCGCCUGGUAACCGGGCAGAUUUCCGAUCUGUCCGAGGUCCUCCGGUAUGAGUCUGGUUCGGUCCCCAGCCUCCCUCCUGUGGAUGGGUUUGACAUUGAGGACGAGGAUUGGAAGGGGAAUAAGAAGAAGAAGGAUACGUGCUCUGUGGACGGCCUCCACUUCUGCAGUGCAGCAUGCAGGAACAAAGAGCUUCACACGUCAAUUCAUGGAAGGAGGAGCCAACAAGGAGGAGGAGGAAGAGGUGGAGGAGGGAAGGGGGCAGGGGAGCUCGAUAUCUUGCUGCAGAGGCUGUUGAUCUCACUGAGCAGUGGCCACUACAUGACUUUUGAGUUGGUCAGGAAGUUCUUCAUCAUCCUCGUUUCCUCGUCGCAAGAUCUCGAAGGAGCAGGAGCGUCGUCUUCCUCGCUAGAGCGACUGCGGCAGAAGUUCGCGCAGCUGGUGGAGAAGAGGAAGGGUGGAGAGCAGGAGUGGUGGGACGUUGUGGCCCUUGCAGACAUGCAAAGAGACACUCCCAAGGGAAGGUCGAAGAAGAUAAAAGUUGAGCUGCACAGAGGGCCCGUUGCUCCCUAUCAGCAGGCAGAUCAAGUGAGAGGAAUGAAGCUCGAUGAGUAUCUUGCUCAGAUGCAAGGGGAAGGAGAUUGUUCCAUGAGGCCGAACAAACGAAGCAGGGGAAGCGGGAGGGGAAGAGAGGAAGGAGUCGACUUGCACGCUGCUGAGAAGGCCUACGGGCUUGUCAUCUCGCAGAAGAAGCCUUUUGUCGUGGAGCGAGUCUUUCCUGGAGGGUCGGCAGCAGCAAGUGGAGUGAGGGAGGGAGACGGUCUGUUCCGGAUCGACGACCGGGGCAUCAAGGAGAGGCAGGACAUGGAGGAAGCUCUGUCCGAGUUCGACCAGCUCGCCCUAGCGGAGUCGCAGAAACUCUUUGGUGAGCGACUGCCUCCUCUAUGGUGCAGUCUGGAGUGGACGUUCGAGAGGAGGACGCGAGGGUCGGACGGAGAUCGUGAAGAGGAGAGCGAGAGGAGGAGGGAGAGCCUGAGGAGGUUGGCAGUGUGCAUGUGGUCCCUGCUAGUUGCCGAGUUUGCGGCGUCCAAGGUUUUCAAGGUGGAUGAGGAGCUGCUGAAGUUCUUCAGCUGGGAACGAUACUCGCAGACGCUCUUGCACCUGCACCUCCACGCCUGGGAGCUCGGGGAAGGCUCGUCGCUAGUCGCUCCUUCCUCCUUGACUCGAUACGCUCGUGCUUGUCUGUCAUGUGAGGACCAAGACCUUCGUGCGGACGCAGCAAAGAAACUGAAGCAACUGAAGGAGGAGGAGGAGGAGGAGGAGGAGGAGGAGGAGGAGGAGGAGGAGGAGGAGGAGGAGGAGGAGGAGGAGCAGGGAAAACAAGAAGGUGGGAGCAGGGGAGGGUCACAGAACAAGAAGCAAGCGAGCAGAAGAACGGGAGCUACAGAGGAGGAGGAGGAGGAACAGGAAGAGAUUGGGCAAGAUGAGGCUCUCGCUAUCCUUGAGCAAGUGGCUUCUGGCUUGACUCCCUGUUUCACGGGUCGAGCAUUUUAUGUCAAGAGCAGCCGGCUGGCCCUCGCAGAGGAGGAUGAGGCGAACUGUCAUCUUGCUCUUGAGAACGAGCAGCUGGAGGCUGUGGUGGUGGCGAAGAGAAACUUAAGAGCCGGGGAGGUUCUGACCGUCUCCUCGCAAGACGUUGAGCAGGACGGUAGGGACUAG